AUGAUUUGUUGUGGAACCAAGAAACCAAGAACACUCUCCCCUCCCCGAACCACACCACCACCAAUGCCGCCACAAACCACCACAAACCACCUCCCGCAACCACAAACCGCCAAACACGAAACCCUCCUAUCAAUCCCCAAUUCCAAAGUUCAUAUAAUGGACGAAGGCGAAGCCGUUGAGCUUGCAAAUGGAAACUUCACACUAUUUCAAAUAUCCAAUGACAACAUUCUUCUAGCAACCAUUAUUAAAAUUGGUGAUGAUCUUCAAUGGCCUUUAACAAAAGAUGAGCCGGUAGUGAAGCUUGAUCCUCACCACUACUUGUUCACGUUACCCGUGAUCAAAGAUAUCGAUUGGAAGGAGUUUGCUCCUAAAAUCGAUGCUUAUAAUAAUGUUCUUGCAAAGGCGAUUGCGGGAGGAACCGGUCAGAUUGUUAGAGGGAUUUUUAUGUGUAGCAAUGCUUAUACCAACCAGUUGCAAAAAGGAGGUGAUAUGAUCUUAAAAGAGGCAAUGGAGGAAAAGCAUGGCAUCUCAAGAACUAAAACUAUCGAAAGCAACAAAACCAAUGGUACAAAAAAGGGGGAUGGGAUCAACAAAAGCUUAAGAAGCGCAAGAAAACUCUCAAAGAUGACCGAAAGCAUGAGUAAAGCUUUGUUGAAUGGAGUUGGAAUGGCAUCGGGUUCGGUCAUGGGUCCUGCAGUUCGGUCUCGAGCUGGGAAGGCAUUUUUUAACUCAGUUCCAGGGGAAGUUGUGCUUGCCUCUCUUGAUGCUAUUAAUAUAGUGAUGGAUGCAGCUGAAGUUGCUCAAAGACAAGCCUUAGCUGCCACAUCUGAUGCUGCAGCUCGAGCAGUCAGUGAAAGGUAUGGCGAAGAGGCAGGAGAAGCAACUGGUGAUGCGAUUGCAACUGUAGGACAUGUUGCUGGCACUGCUUGGAAUGUUGUCAAGAUUAGAAAAGCUAUCAAUCCUGCAUCUGCUGUCAAGAAUGCUUCUAAAAUUCGAUAAAUGAUAAGAUUAUUUGAUUGACUAAAGAAAAGUUAUCAUAAGAUUGAGAUAAAUAUUUAUAUUGCUAUCUUCAUAGAUAAAGGAAUUGUGUACGCAAAUAGUGAGCAAGUUAAUGGGAUAGUUUAGUUAACUUUGUGUUAUCAUUUGUUGUUCUUGUUAUAAUUCAAUAAAGUUCAUUUAUAGUUGUUAGUCGAU